UGUGGCCGUGUAUGUAAGCACUUGAAUUUUAUUCACGGCUAUUUUUCGAGUAUUAAAUGUGAUGGUUUUUAUUAAAGAUUUUCAAAAUGGAUGUAGUAGGCCUUCUGAAUAAUAUACAUGAUAAAUCGGAUAUGUUUGCGGUCACGACGUGGACGGCAGAAUGGACCAAUAAUUUUGAAGAAAACCAGUUGCUAUGGUCGUUCUGCGGUUGCGUCGUGAUCUCACUAGUCGUAGUUUUCUUCUAUUACUACAAGAGAUGGCGGUCGAAAGAAAUGCUAAACGGCGCCCCAGCCACAGUGGAGCCCGCGAAGCGGUUCCGCAAACGCGACAAAAUGCUCUUCUACGGCCGUAGGAUGCUACGCAAAGUGAAAUCCAUUUCCAACUCGGGCCAGGGCAGAAAACGCCGAGCGGUCAUGAGAUUUGCCAGGAAAUUACUUCAACUGAAGAAGGAGUCAGCACCUGAGCAAUUAAAGGUCCUAGAGCCACCCGCAGAAUACCUAGAGGAAGACCUGACAAACGACGAUCGGGUACCGCCGGACGCUCUAUACAUGCUGCACAGUAUCCGAGUGUUUGGACACUUCGAGAAACCGGUGUUUCUGAUGCUGUGCAAGCACACGGAGAUACUCAAUUUGCCUGCGGGGGCUUUUCUGUUCAAAGUCGGUGACACGGACGAAAACGUGUACGUGGUUCAAAAUGGCCGCGUGAACGUGUACAUCACGAACCCAGACGGCAGUAGUUUGUCUCUCAAAGUGGUCAGAGCGGGCGAAAGCGUCACCUCACUGCUUAGCUUCACUGACGUGCUCACGGGCCACUCGCAACCGUACAAAACCGUGAACGCCAAGGCUUUAGAGGACUCGCAAGUGAUCAAGUUGCCAAUGAGGGCGUUCCAGGAGGUCUUCCACGAGUACCCCGACAUUUUCGUCAGAGUUAUACAGAUCAUCAUGGUGCGAUUACAAAGGGUAACAUUCACAGCGUUGCAUCAGUAUCUUGGUUUGAGCGCCGAGUUAGUUAAUCCGGGCCGUGAGAAACGCCGGCCCACCACAGUCGCCUCAUCGCCAGGUCGAAAAACUACAGUCGAUUCCAGUACUUCUAUGCAUUCCCCACACCACGGCGAGAGGGUUGAACACAAUCAAGAGAACGGGCACUUGGCGUCCUCUCCCAUUAACAUUGCCAGAAAAUCCAGACCGGACAUGGUACCCGACAUUACUUCUAACACGCCGCAGCAGCAGCCGGACGUGCACCCGACAUCGUCAUCGUUCCAAAGGAGCAAAGAGGGAUCGUCGUUCAAGAAGAACAAUACGGAUAAUAUGGACGAACAGGCCCUAAUACGAAUAGCGACCGAGGCUUUUAUCAAAGAGCUCGGCCUCGAAAACGACCAAUUGCUGCAAGGCGCGGUCCAAGUCAGGGAUCUACCUGCGGGAACUUACAUCAUGAAAGAGGAGAGCCAUAAGCUCUAUUAUAGUAUCAAAGGUGAACCAGAAAUAGUGCAGGACGUCGCACUGGUGUACCUACUAUCCGGAGCACUGCUAGUGUCGCAAAAAGUCGCAGAGGGGGAAGGCGAGGUGCAUAUGUUCACAGCUUACCCAGGCGAAGUCGAAGGCGGUCUUGCUGUGCUAACCGGCGAGCCAUCCUUCUUCUCAAUACGAGCGAAACAUUUCUCGCGAAUAGGCCUCCUGUCCAAGACAUCAGUGUACAGUAUCAUGCGGGAGAGGCCUUCUGUGGUGCUACAUAUAGCCAGUACUGUUGUGCGGAGAUUGUCACCUUUCGUGCGACAAGUGGACUUUGCUCUCGACUGGGUGUUUCUAGAGUCCGGUCGCGCUGUAUACCGUCAAGAUGAAGAAUCUGGGUCCACGUUCAUAGUGCUGAGCGGUCGUCUGCGCUCCGUCAUAACGCACCCUAACGGCAAAAAGGGGCUGGUCGGCGAAUACGGCAAGGGCGACCUGGUUGGAAUCGUGGAGAUGGUGACUCAAACUCGCCGUAGUACGACGGUGAUGGCGGUGCGGGACUCUGAACUGGCGAAGUUGCCGGAGGGCCUUUUCAACGCCAUCAAGCUUCGGUUUCCCGUCGUGGUGACAAGGCUUAUCAAUCUGCUUGGACACAGGAUAUUAGGUUCAUGGCAGAAGCCGACAGCGGGUCUCGGUGGAGCGGCAUUAGAACCUAGAGUCUCCGCGCACAACUUCUCAACAGUCGCGGUGGUGCCUGUGAGCGACGAUGUACCGCUCACCGCCUUCACUUAUGAGUUGUACCACUCGCUCUGUGCUAUAGGGCCGACGGUUCGCCUGACCUCAGACGUUAUAAGAAAACUUUUGGGUUUGACAAUAAUGGACCCCAACAACGAAUACCGGCUUAGCUCAUGGCUGGCGCAACAGGAGGACAAACACAAGGUGGCACUUUACCAGUGCGAUCCUAGUUUGACACAGUGGACGCAAAGGUGCAUUCGGCAGGCAGAUUGCAUUUUAAUCGUGGCCCUCGGAGACAAACAGCCUAGCAUUGGAAAGAUAGAGAAAGAAAUCGAGCGUCUAGCCAUCCGUACACAAAAAGAAUUAGUUCUCCUGCAUCGCGAAGGCGGAGCCAACCCCAAUGGCACCGUCCACUGGCUGAACAUGAGAACUUGGGUGUCGCAGCAUCACCACGUGAGGUGUCCGCAUCGCAUGUUCACUAGAAAGAGCCAGUAUAGAGUGAGCGAGCUAUACAGCAAAGUCCUGAUGUCAGAAGCGAGCGUGCACUCGGACUUCUCCCGUCUCGCUCGCUGGCUCACGGGGACAUCUGUGGGUCUAGUGUUAGGAGGUGGCGGCGCUCGCGGCGCUGCUCAUGUCGGCAUGAUACGGGCCAUACAGGAAGCUGGCAUACCGAUAGACAUGGUGGGCGGAGUGAGCAUAGGCGCUUUCAUGGGCGCCCUCUGGUGCAUGGAGAGGAACAUUACCACUGUCACGCAGAAAGCCAGGGAGUGGUCACAGAAAAUGACUCAAUGGGGCAAACAGCUAAUGGACCUAACGUACCCAGCGACAUCUAUGUUCUCCGGCCGACAAUUCAACACGACCAUCCGUACGACGUUCGGCGAGGUCCACAUAGAGGAUCUGUGGCUACCUUACUUCACUGUCACCACGGAUAUCAGCGCUAGCUGCAUGAGGGUGCAUAGGCAUGAUACGUUGUGGAGAUACUGCCGGGCUUCGAUGAGUAUAGCAGGAAUAUUCCCGCCGAUCUGCGACCCGAAGGAUGGGCAUCUGCUGCUGGAUGGGUGCUACGUCAAUAAUGUGCCUGCCGACGUUAUGCGCUCGUUGGGCGCAAAACACAUCCUAGCCAUAGACGUGGGGUCCCAAGACGAUACGGACCUCACGAAUUAUGGCGACGACCUCUCUGGAUGGUGGUUAUUGUGGAAAAGAUGGAAUCCAUUCACAACUCCGGUAAAAGUGCCAAAUUUGCCAGACAUACAGAGUCGACUCGCCUACGUUUCAUGCAACCGGCAAUUGGAGGAAGUGAAAAAAUCGGACUACUGCGAAUACAUCCGGCCUCCGAUCGACGCGUACAAAACGCUCCAAUUCGGCUCAUUCGACGAAAUCCGCGAGGUCGGAUACCGGCACGGCGCGGCGUACUUCGAGGGGCAGCGGCGCGGCGGCGGCGGCGGCGUGUCGGGCGCCGCCGCCGACUCGAGGCGGCCUGACGAGAUCCCGCAGCUGACUGACUACACAUUCACGGACCUAGCACAAAUGGUGUGCUCAGUCCGCACGGGGCGCGGCACGGACAACGACUCCUCCUCCUCGUCUGACUACGAGGAGGACCCGAGACACUUCGAAGGCUACGCCUCGGAGCCCAGCGGGGGCAUUAUGGAGAUAUCUUCAAGCGUUGAGGAGGGAGCGGCAUGGAUCAGUGACACUGAAUUGGAGGGUCUGCGUACCCGGCGCGUCGGUGGCUCCCUCUCGCUAUCUGAAGAUGAAAUGGACUCCGAGUCGGAGGUGUAUGAUCCGCUUAAUAAACGUGGAGGGGGCAGGUGAGACGCAACCCUGCACGACUUGUGCAAAGCGCUGUACGAACAUUCCCGCGGCGUCUGCCAAAACUGAACGGAUCAUAUACAUACGUCCUAUAGCGAGCGUCCAUUAACUAUAGGGGGCAACACAGGAGCCCCUUGAUUAUUGGCGCAAAGUGAUUAAGUUUCCGAUUUAGACCACAAGAUGGCUUGGGUGCACUGUAGGCAGCAAUCUACUUUGCGUGCGUCGAAGUGUCAAUGUCAUGUUUAAGUUUCCGAUUUUGGCCACAAAAUGGCAGAGUUGCAAUAACCGCAACGUGCGGACUAUGCCAAAUAUAGACUAGUACCAAGUGUAGAAUGUUAGUUAUAGGGAACUGUAGUGUGGACACAUUGUUUUUGUCUUUAUUGUGAUACUUUUUUGGGUCACACAGUUGUGAUUUCCUUUUUUUGUCACUGAAAAUCAAAGGUACCGAAGUAUUACAGGUACAUACCAAAAACAAUUCGGGAACUGUGAACACUGAUACUUCAUAAUAAUUGAACUUUAACUCAACUGCUCAAAUUUUUGGUAACAGGAAAAAAAAAACUAUUUAUAGGUCAAUGUGGUGAAGAUCGUCUACAAGCUCUUUCGUCGGUUUUACCCUCUAACAGAAGAUCGGUAGAGCAGAAGGAGUGAAGCUCUUCUGUUGUCUGAGCGACGUAUACUGAUACCAGAGCCCUUGCCCUGUCUUUCUUCCUAGCAAUAAAUUGAAUAAGCCGGUCUUCUCCACAUUCACCUUGCUGUAUGACCCACAAAUAAAAAUAUCACUAACAGUUUUUUUUAUUCCGUACACUAAAAUUACAACCACAAAUGUUAAAAGUAGAAAUAAUGUGACCAGCUUAAAACAAACAGUGCUGAUCUUUGAUUUCGGUUGUGAAUAACCGAUAAAUAUUAAAUUAAUUUAACUUUCAAAAUAAACAAUAAAUUAUAUCUACUCGCUAUACCUGAUGGGAAAUAAACAAUAAAUAAAAUCUACUCACUACUAAUCUACUCAAACAUUUAAAAAAAUACAUUGACGUAUCGCCGACCUGAUAUAUGAUAUGGUAUUUUUGGUUUACGUAUUCGACAUUCGUUACUUUACUCGUAUAGUGUUCGAACGUGUUCAGUGCGUUUUCUCUCGUCUUCAUCAACAAAUGUAAGUACCUCCCAAUAGUUUAUUUUCGGUAAGUACCGGUUGUAGCACAUCACUAUUUAUAAGACGUAAAAAACUAGCAACACAUUAAAUGCCAUUUUAGUCUACGGAAUAAAAAAAACAGACUAUUGAAGGCAGGGCAAGGUUUAGCCCCUUGAGUCCCAGGGUUUGAAAUGUGCCAGCCAGAAAGCUACCUUGAGGUGUUACAAUUAGAAUCGAAUUUUGAAUUUCUGCCAGCUCGAUAUCUCGUCCGUAGGACUCGAAGGGUUCAACUAUACUUGAAAACCUGUCAUUGGUGUUUAAAGUACUGUAUUUUGUUAACAAAUGUUGCUGUUAGGUCAAUACGGAUAAGUGGACUGCGGGGUAAGUGUGUAAAUGUAUGAACUCGCAAUAAACUCAAAGUAAUGUUUAACAUGAUAGCUAAUAAGCUAGAUUGUCCUUUGUUAUGGGCAAUGGGUCCGCGGACAAAGUCGCUUUUGUUUAUAAUUUAUUAAAUAUUUUAUUAGGUUACUGUUGCUGUUGUUACUAACAUAAGGGAUCAGCUAUAACUAACAAAUUUAUGGACCAUGUGAUGUCCCCAAUUUUUUAUUUAAACAAAACUUUGAACUCUCGCGUUUAGUACACAUAAAUAAUGUCAUUAACGGGUCUAACGAGAUUAAAUUUUAUUAUUUUACCAUUUUUCCGACGUUUUAGCUAGGUUGCACUAGCUGUGGUCACGGAAGGCUGACGUCCCAGCAAAAUGUCAAUUGAGAUAUUGGUAAACCUAGCUGAAACGUCGGAAAAAACGUAAAAUAAUUAACAGCCCCAAUGUGAAUGCCAGCCAUACCUCGUAGCCACACUUACCCAUAUUGACCUCAAUAGAACGGAUUAUGUACUUAUGUGUUUUUGUAUCACGAUUUCUACGUAGAAGUAUUAGAGACAAUAAAUACAUUGACUUCCUAUUUGUACAUAAUAUAUAAUAUAGAUCCAACAGUCGCCGUCAUAUAUAUCGGAUCGGCCAUGGUGCUCAAAAAUAUCUGAACAUGUCCUAUAACGUUAUGAUAAUAGAAGUUUUGUUCAGAUAUUUGUGAACACCUUCACCGAAUUGGCUUGGGUGACUGUAUAUUUUGAAUAGGGUUCCGUAACACAUAGACUGCUCAUCUAACACCAUUAAAUAGUAUAAUAUACCAUAUUUAAGUCACAUUUUAAACACAUAAUGGUGGCCUUUUCAUGAUAAUCACAUUGGCCUUAAUGAUGUUGCUUAAUAUUUUAAUAACGCGAGAAAAUUGAGAAUAGACGCCUUCAAGGAGGUAAAUGAGCCCAGUUUUAUUUAGUUGUCGACUUUAUUUCGUCAGAUUUCGAUAAAAUUUUGUGGUCGCGGUUAUAAAAACCCCAUCUAUUUGUUUUUUAAGUUACCUCAUCAGCACAAUAUAAGCGCAAUUACACUGUAUGUCCGAAAAAUCUUCCUGAGUUACGGAAACGGGUUUCAUAAGUCAAUGAAAAAUAACAUAGGACAAGUUAC